CGGCAGGAUCUGUGCCACUGUUCUCCGCCAUUUUUUACUCCUCUUCUACUUCAUUACAUCACCAGACCGAGAGCAAUCAGAACAAGAAGUGUUAUAGGCGGUGAUGCAGAAAACAAAAGUUAAACAAAUGUUUGGAUUGUUAUUACUCAUUAUGUUUCUUCAUGGAAACAUCAAUGGCCAGAGUCAAAAUCAGGCAUUUAAUGAUGAACAGAAGCUUCAGCUUCCUGAGUCCUACAAGAUCGACUGGAUGAAGGAACUGCCUGAUAACACGAUCCUCUCUGGUAUUACCCUCCCUGGCACUCACGAUACCAUGGCACUUGAUGGAGGGCCUGCUGCUGAAUGCCAGGUCUGGAGUCUAGACGACCAGCUAAGGGCUGGCAUCCGCUACCUGGACCUCCGAGUGUUUGCUUGGGGAAACGAACUGUACCUCAUGCAUGGGAUUGUUUACCAGCACUCAACUUUUAGCAAAGCUAUUGACACGAUCAAAAACUUUCUGUCUGAAUAUCCGAGCGAAGUCGUUCUUGUCCGUGUCAAACCAGAUUUGAUAGAUAAGAGCAAAGUACAGGAACUAGUAGAAAAGCUAAUUAAGAAUGAUAGCAGCUUCUGGGUAAAGUCCACCACACCAGCCAUAAAACAAGUAAGAGGCAAGAUUGUGUUUGUACAGAAAGACAGCUUCAGUCUUGGUGUGCCACUUGUAGAAACGGACACCAAGGGAGACUAUAAGGUUGAUCACAUUAAAGACAAGGAAAAUGAAAUCCAUGAGCACCUCAACCAGGCCAUGACAAUGUGUCCUUGGGAUUCACUUGUUUUGACCUAUUCUAGUGGCACAGGUAUUGGUACCUUUUUGGGCAUGUUUCUAACACCAAAGAGGGUGGCAGAACAGAUUGACCCGUGGCUGUAUGAUUAUCUAAACACAAUGUUGGCACAGAAGCCUGUUCCCUGCUUUGGGGUUAUAGCCAUGGACUUUCCAGGCUUAGACCUCAUACAGACAGUCAUUAAGUUUAAUACCCUCAAAUGUGUUUAAACUCCUCAAGUUAUAAUCAUCAAGAAUGGUAGAAAUGCUCAUUUUAGGGUGAUGCAAUCAUACUUUGAUUUCUGUAUUAAAAUGCAAGCAAAAUAUGUGUAUUGUUUUUACACAUGUUGAAUAACAUUGUAUUAAUCGUUGGGGAUACGGAGACAACAAAUUGUUUGCACACUGAUUAAUUUUAAUGUAUCACAUUUUAAGCUAAUUGCAAUAAAAUGAGUUUUGCUGAUC